GCUCGCUCCCUCUCUCUCUCUCUCUCUCACACACACUUGACAUAAACGAGGCCACAGAGUUGACGAGCAGGAUGGAGGAGGAGGCUGCCUCCCAGCGCUCGGUGGCUGAACUUGCAGGACGGUUCAGAGACUCAGCUCCUCCACACGGUGGCGCUGUGAACGAUCCAGAGAAGCCGGUGAGACGUCGACCUCCUCGUUCACUACAGCUGCCGAAAACACACGGAGACGACCAGGAGCCUUCAGGUGUCACCUCACCUCUUUCUGCCAAAACCAAGAGGAACUCUGCCCUGAUCGAGAAGCUUCAGGCCUCGCUCGCUCUCUCUCCCUCGGCCCAGCUGACGUCACCGAAGAGCCCCGCCUUUCGGCUGCUGUCCCCCGCCUUCCCCCCCCCAUCCCCCGGCUCCGCCCCAGUAACCACACUGACCACCUCCUCCACAGCGCCUCCCACUAGGGCCUCACCAGGAACUGAGGAGGAGGGCCCCGUCUCCUUUGAGGCCCCUCCCAUGGUGGAGGAGGGGUCCAUCCUGCCCAGUAUCAACAAGGGCCGAGCUCGUCUCUCCCUCCGGCGACGCCCUCCAUCCCGCCGCCACAGGGCGUCCAGCAGCGGGGACGAGGUCGGAGUCACUGACGACGUAGCAGAGAAAGCAACAGCAGGAGGAGAAGAGGUCUUUAAGACAGACGAUAAAACUGAUGCUUCAACGUGUCCCGAGAAAAAACAAUCAGACAAAGACGAUGAGUCAAAGACCAGAGAAGAAGACGAGGAGGAGGAGAAGGAGCGAGUGAAUGGACGGAUGGGAGAAGACGAGAGAGACAGACCUUCAUCAGGACGAGAAGAGGAAGAAGCUGAGCAGAUGUGACUGAAGGAACGAUAGAAAAAGAAGAAGAAAAGAAAGAGGUGGCGCUGAAGAGCACAUGACUGUGUCGUCAGGAGCUCGUGAACCUUUUUUCUUUUCUCCUUCAGCUCCAUGAAGAUCCAGAUGUUGGGCUGAUCGGGUCGUGAACACUGGAGACCCACAUGUUUCUUUAUCUGUGAAGACGACCUGAAGGAACUUGUACAUUAACAGAGACGUUGUGAAUUUAUCGGCUCGAAGCUUUUGAAUCUGGAGCGACACAUUUGAUCCUUUUUAUAAGAAUCUGAUGUUUUCUCACUGGAGCGAUGGCGACAACGAGGAGAUCGAGGCUGGAGACUUCUUUCGUACAAACGUUUCACUUUUAACAAAUUAUCUUUUUUUUGCUCAGAGGGAAAACCUGAAGUUUUAUUUUUUUAACUCAUUUUUAACACGACUGAAAGUUAACAUUUUAUUCAUUUUAAAACUGCAGACGUCAAGUUGUGACCUAAAGUCUGAAAGUGAAAUUAAAAUACAUAUUUUUGCUAAAUUACA